AGGACUUGGACAUACAGUGUCGGAAUUGGACCUAAACAAACAUAAUAUACCAGUUUUUGAGAAGAAGAGAUUCAGCAUGUGCAUUCCAUCUGUGAUCAAAAUACUUGAAUCAUCCCAGUCUGUGAUAUUAUGUGGCAUUGAAACGCAUGUGUGUGUUUUGCAUACAGCGCUUGAUAUGCUCGAAAAGGGAAUUGCUGUACAUGUGGUUGCUGAUGCUGUCUCAUCGCGCUCACAGACCGACAGAAUGUUUGGCUUACGACAAAUGGAAGUCGCGGGCGCUGUUUUGACAACUAGUGAAUGUGCCAUUCUCGGUUUGUUAGGAGGUGCGGACCAUCCGAAGUUCCGUGAAGUACAGAAAACAAUCUUAGAGCUUGGACCGGAUACCGGUCUACUGCAGUACCCACUGUGAAAAAAAUGAAUAGAUAUGGUUAGUCAAAAUGAUCUGAUAAGAUAGUUGUGCAGUCAAUUUGUUUGCCCAACUGUGAAGUUUAGGAUCGAAUGAUAAUGCGCGAGCAUUAUCAGAAUUACCAGUAUGAUAACUUAUAGGACGUUUUGAAGGGUUUUGACGCUUCAUGCACUUUAGUCGUGUUUAAUUUCGUUGACGCUAUUCGUAAGUGUCCUUGAUCUAUAGUCCAUUAGUAACGUGACA